AUGUCUUUAAUUCUUUCUUUCUGUAAUUCUUUCAUUAUUUGUUUCUUUUUUUUUCAUUAUUUCUUUCAUUUUUCUUUGUUUAAUUCUUUCUUUCUUUUUCCUUCCUUCUUUUUUUUUCUUUUUCUAUGGAUUUCAAUUCUUUUUCUCUCAUAUUUUAGAUUUUUUUUAAAUUUCUUUAUUUCUUUGUCUUUCUUUUUCGUUCUAUCUUUCCUUCUUGCUUGCUUUCUUCCUUCCUUCCUUUAUUUCUUUGUCUUUCUUUUUCGUUCUAUCUUUCCUUCUUGCUUGCUUUCUUCCUUCCUUCCUUUAUUUCUUUGUCUUUCUUUUUCGUUCUAUCUUUCCUUCUUGCUUGCUUUCUUCCUUCCUUUCUUUAUUUCUUCUAACUCACUGGUCAGGCGACAUUUCUUUCUUUCUUUCUUUCUUUCUUUCUUUCUUUCCACUGAGAAACUGAUCUUACUUUCAUAUACUAAUCACCUUUUUCACCGGCUUAGUCUAUUUUCUUCCUUCCAUUCGUCUUUUUUUUUUCUUUUCGGAUUAUCCUUCUUUUUUUUUUCUUACUUUAAAUCACAAUUUUUCUUUCAAUUUUACUUUCCGCCAUUUUCAUUCAUUUUGAUGUUCUUAACAUUCACUCCGAGAUUGCUUCUUUUCAUCUCUUACACUUUUUUUCUUGUAACAUUUCUCUAUUUCUUUAUCUUUCUUUCUUUCUUUCUUUCUUUCUUUCUUUCUUUCUUUCUUUCUUUCUACUAUUCUUGUAACAUUUCUUUAAUUCUUUGUCUUUCUUUCUUUCUUUCUUUCUUUCUUUCUUUCUUUCUUUCUUUCUUCUGCCUCACUUGGCUUAAUUUUUUCUCGUGUUGGAUUUUUUUAACACGUUCUUUCCCUUUUCAUACACGCACUCACACACUCUCUUUAUCUCUUUAUCUAUCUAUCUAUCUAUCUAUCUAUCUAUUUAUCUCUCUCUCUCUCUCUCUCUCUCUCUCUAUCUAUCUAUCUAUCUAUAUAUAUAUAUAUAUAUAUAUAUAUAUAUCCCAAGACCUCUAG